AUGAGCAAUAAUACUAGUAAUGCUAUUUUAACCAUUACAGAAAAAGGAGUGUGGCGUCCAGCUAAAGGAAAUGAUAAGGUUUUACGGUAUAUAAUACAGCGGGCACCGACGAUGAGGGCUCGAUGCCGAAGGUGUUCUCAGUAUAUUACAAAAGGGGAUCUUAAGUGGGGAAUCCCUAUUCGUCAUUCCCAUGGUGAGUAUGGUUGGAUAACAGCUUGGCAACAUAUUGGUUGCACACGGAUAUCUGAAAAAAACGAUACGACUGAUUUUGUUUUUGGAUUUUCUGACUUGUCUUUACAAGAACAGAAAGAAGUAUGGGAAGAAGUAACUUCUUCUCGAAUUCCUUCACAUUUGCUUCCUUUGGAUCCAGAAGAUUUGAUAAAGAGAGGAUUUCUUCCUGAAGUUGAACCACCUCGGCAAUUAUUGCGUCCGCUUCUUAGAUAUCAAAAAGAGGGACUGGGUUGGAUGGUAAAUCAGGAAAAGUCUAAUAUAAAGGGCGGGAUUUUAGCUGAUGAGAUGGGAAUGGGAAAAACAAUACAGAUGAUUAGUCUUUUUCUUGCAAAUCGUUUGGUAGGACCUACACUGGUGGUUUGUCCUGUUAGUUCAAUGCUUCAGUGGGCAACCGAAAUUAAAGAAUAUGUUAUUCCAGCAUCACUUUCAGUAUUAGUGGUAGAACGAGCUUCUCGUGUAAAUAAGGAGGAUUUGGAAAAAGCUGAUGUUGUUUUGACAACUUAUCCUAUGCUAGAACAAUCUUGGCGACUUCUUGUAAAUAAAACAAAAGUGGCAUGCCCUUAUUGUGAACAACUUUAUCUUCCACGACAGCUUGUAGUACAUAAUAGGUAUUUUUGUGGUCCACGUGCAAAAAAAACGGCUAAACAACGAAAACGAGAAAAGGGAGAAAAUAAUAAUGAUAAUCCUUCUUUUAAUCGGAAAGUUCAAUCGAAAGAAACAAUUAAAAAAGGACUUCGAACGUUACGAGUUGAUGUUGGUGAUAAUGGUGAAGAAGAAAAUUUUUUUUAUGAAGAGGAAAGUAAUGGUGAUAAAAGAAUUGUUGGUCCUAUCGGAAUGUAUAGAGAACUAAUGAUCGAGGCUGGACGAAAAGUUCGAAGUCGAUGGGAUCCUGCUAAAGAAAAAAGUGACAGUAGUGAUACUAAUGAUGAAGAAUUUAGUAGUUCUUCAGAAUAUAGUUCAAUACAAUCAGAUGUUGAUUCAAUUGAAGAAGAAAAAGAAAAAUCUGAACAGAAUCUUUCUCUUUUUCGUUGUCCAAAUUGUGAAUUUCAAAUAUUGCGAUAUCCUUUUUGUCCUAAAACUGGACAACAUCAUGUGGUGUCAGAACGUAUGACGGAAAUUAUUGAAACUGAUAUUGGUGGAGAUGAAGUUGAUCUUUCUGAAUCUAUAUUUCAUUCAAUUAAAUGGAGUCGGAUAGUUCUUGAUGAAGCUCAUCGCAUAAAAGGACGUAAUACAAGUACUUCAAGAGCGGCCUUUGCUCUUGUAGGGGAACAAAGAUGGUGUCUUACAGGAACUCCUCUACAAAAUCGUGUCGGUGAUGUUUACAGUCUUGUUCGCUUUCUACGUAUGAUACCUUAUGCAAGAUAUUAUUGUGGAACUGAUGGUUGCUCUUGCUCUUCUUUUUCUCAUCCAUUUAGUGGUACAAACUUGAGACAUUGUAUAUUUUGUGGUCAUGGACCAGUACAACAUUACGCUUAUUUUAAUCGUUAUAUAUUAAAUCCUAUACUACGUUAUGGAUAUAUAGGAGAUGGACGUCGUGGGAUGAUGAUGCUAGCAAAUGAAGUUCUUCAAAAAUCUAUGUUGCGUCGCACAAAAAUAGAAAGAGCAGAGGAUCUUCAUCUUCCACCACUUACUGUUGAAAUUAUUAAAGUAAAAUUAACAGAAGAAGAACGAAAUUUCUAUGAGUCAUUGUACAAGAAAAGUACUGCUACAUUUGAUACUUUUGUGGAUAAAGGAACGGUUUUGCAUAAUUAUGCUCAUAUUUUUCAACUUUUGAGCCGAUUACGACAAUCUCUUGAUCAUCCUUUACUCGUGGUAGAAUCAAUGAAUGUUGGGAAAUUGGCACAUCCGAAAGGUCUUUGUGGUAUUUGCACAGAAGGUUGUGGUGAAACCCCUUUAAAAGUUAGUCCUUGUAAUCAUACAUUUCACCAAAUUUGUCUCUCUCAGUUUUUGGAAAGUUUACCAGGAGGAAAGUAUCAUUGCCCCACCUGUUUUGUAACAAUAAGUAUUGAUUUACGUCAGUUGCAUUCUGAAUGGGAGGAAGAGGAAGCCAUACCUGUUCUUCCUCCUGAGUUGGAAGAAGAAAUGAGUGAUGAGUUAGAGGAUAAUUUAUUCCCUGAUACUAAUAUGCAGGUAAGUACGUCAUCUACUACAACAGAAGAGAAUCCAAAGAAAUCUAAAAAACCAAAGGGUAUAUUAUCUCGAAUUGAUUCGUCUAAACCUCUGCAUGGUACAAAAUUAAAUGCCAUCACUGAAUAUAUUUCUAAAGUACCAAAGGAAGAAAAGGUAAUUGUAUUUUCACAAUUUGGAGAUAUGUUAGACCUUCUACAACUAUGGUUGCAAAAAGCUUGUAUAAAAACUGUGAAACUUACUGGUUCUCUUAUGAUGUCUCAACGACAAGCUGUUUUACAAGCUUUUCUACAUGAUCCUACCGUUCGCGUAAUUCUUAUUUCACUAAAAGCAGGUGGAGAAGGUUUAAAUUUGCAGAUUGCUAAUCAUGUUGUUCUUGUAGAUCCUUGGUGGAAUCCGGCGGUAGAAAUGCAGGCAGCGCAACGAGCGCAUCGUAUUGGGCAAAAAAGACCAGUUCGUGUGGUCCGCUUUGUCACAGAGCAUUCUGUUGAGGAACGCAUGAUGGAUUUGCAGGCUAAAAAGAUGCUUGUUAUUGAAGGUACAAUUGAUGGAAAGUUGAAUUCACUUCAAAGCCUUUCUGAAGAUGACCUUCAAUUCCUUUUUACGAGAUAA